CUUCUCUCCUCCACAGCCACAUCUAAGGACGUGCUUCAUUCACUCCAGCUGCACAGGUUGUAAAGGAAGGAGAGAAAGAGUGAGAGAGUGAGAACCGGAGAGGUAGAGAAUUUAUUAGCAACUGCUGGAGAGAGGAAAGAGGACAGGAGGUAAAAAAGAGAGAUUGUGUUCAGUUUAUUGUUUUUCUAAGAGAAGAAGGGAGUCAGGGUGUGAAGGAGUGAGGCUGGAGAGAGUGGGGCUACCCAGCAGUGAGAGGUUCCAUUCAGGGAGGUUAUAGUGAUCUUCUGCAGCGACCCCUCCUCUCCGCUGGGAGUCAGACCCCCAGGAUCCAGAGCCAUGGAGCCCCAUGUGUCGACCGAGGACGAGGGGGAGCCAAAGGAGAGGAAGAUCCAUUUUGCUGUGCCGGCCUCUGUGCCCACCAACCUGGACCCUCGGCAAGUGGAGAUGAUCCGGCGCAGGAGGCCAACACCUGCCACACUGUUUAGAGUAGCCGACCAGUCAUCUCCUGAGGAUGAUCAGUCCACCCAUCAGGUAAAGUGGGUCGUAGGAGAAAAUGGAGUGCUGAAACCAAAACGUGUCAAUCCAAACGUGUAUCAGCCUCCAUCACUCAGAGCUGUGCAGAAGAUGGCCGAAGCCCAUAUGCAGAACCUAGGUAUCUACCCCUCUUUAGAAGACCCUUGUGAAGGGGGGGAGGAAGAGGACCACUGGCAGGGAACAGAGGGAGAGGACACAUCUCCCACCAAAGGUGCUGAUCACCAAGAGACGGCGACUACUGAACAGUCAGGCAAGUUUUCCAGUGUGAGAGAGACGGCCAGGCAGAUCCAGGCAGCACAGGAGGAAGAGGAGGAGGAGGAGGAGGAGGAGGAGGAGGAGAAAGAGGAUGUGGAGGAGGAAGAGGGGGACAAAAUCAAGGGUACAACAGAGAAGUAAAGUCGGGGGAAUUACUGAGAGAGAGAGAGAGAGAGAGAGAGAGAGAGAGAG